AUGAAGACUGAUAUGGCGGGCGCGGCGGCCGUCUUCUGUGGGUUUCUUGCCGUUGUGGGGGGAAUGAAACUGAAGCCAGAUCGUUACAAGCACAUACGUCAUAUUAGCGUAACCCUUUGUCUCGCGGAGAACGCAAUUAGCGCGCAGAGCUACCGAAACGGCGAUAUCGUUUUUAUGAAAUCUGGUAAGUCUGUGGAGGUGAUCAACACGGACGCGGAGGGGCGUAUUGUGUUGGGGGAUGGAGUGUACCACGCGAGCAGCGAGCAGAGCUUCGUACCGGAUAUUUUGAUCAAUAUGGCAACCCUUACCGGCGCUCAGGGCGUCGCGACGGGAACAAAGCACGCGGCUCUUUACGUCAACGAUGCUGAUUUCGAGCAGGCUCUUUUAAAAGCGGGUCGCCAAUGCGGGGAUACGUGUUUCCCGGUCGUCUACAGCCCUGAACAUCACAAACCUCAAUUCAAGAGCAAAUUCGCGGAUAUGACAAAUCUGAUGCCGACAGGCACCGAUGGUGGGGUGUCAUGCGGAGGGUAUUUUGUUGAAAGCCAUCUCAGUGAAAAAUUUACCGGUAUCUUCGCACACGUUGAUUUAGCAUUCCCCUCCUUCAACAACAGCGGCGCCACGGGGUUUGGAGUAAAUCUUAUCCCGGAGUAUCUCAAGUCGUUGUAG